AUGGAUGCCAAAACUAGGCUGCGCAAGGCGUGCGAUGCCUGCAGCAUCCGUAAGGUGAAGUGUGAUGCUAGCGGCCCGCCUUGCCGGUCAUGUGCUGGCUUGGACAUCCCUUGUACUUACGAACGACCAAGUAGACGUCGUGGGCCUCCAAAUCGCCAUGCGGAAGCCUUGAAGAAGCAAAAGCUCGAGGCACCACCUGAUGCCUCACCGGCUAGUUUAAGUGACGUCCCGUCGGUGUCAACGCCCCAAGCUUCAACGCCCACAGCGCCUCAAUUACCGCCUCCAUAUUUCCCAACCUCUGCUGAGGCAAUAUGCUCACUCCACACAGUGCAAUUGUUGAUUGAUGAUUUCUUCACAUACAUCCACCCCUUGGUUCCAAUUCCUCAUGAACCAACUUUUCGAGCGGCUUUUGAGCGCCGAGAAGAUACUACCAGUGGCACCUUCCUCGCUCUACUCGCUUCCAUGAUUGGUUUUCUCGUUGCCUCUUUCCCCCGGCGACCCAAAUUACGACUAAACACCGAAGCCGAGCGUUUCGCGUUUCCGAACUCGAUUGCUCUAGUAAAAAGAUGCCAUGAUGUUGCAACCCAGGCUCGGGGUACUGGAUACCUCGACCGAAAUGCAACAGUGUAUGAUGCAGCAAUUAGCUAUUUCCUGGGCGUCUGUGCUGGUUACGUGUAUAGCAUGCGUCGGUGUCGCCUUUACUUAGCAGAAUGUCGGACUAUGCUACAAGUUUACGACUUAUGCCGCUCUCCUACCAAUAAUCCCCGCAUCUCAUCUUUGAAUGCCACCAGUCCAGUUUCGAAUGCGUCAGCCAUGUCUGCAGAUCAAUCCCCAAAAAGCCUCACAGAUAACCAGCAAUGGGAUUUAAUCUCCCAGGAACUUGGCCGUCGUCUUUUUUACGUCUGCUUAGUUGGAUAUCAGUCGCUGCUUCAGCUUGGCUCAUCUGACAUCAAGAUGCAUGUGGCCCCGGAGACCCCGACAGAUCGCUACCCCCCUUUCCCACUCGAGGUUGACGACGAGUUCCUCUUCCCCACAUUUUCCAACCAGCAACCCACAGAUCGAGUAUCUCGUCUCGUUGGAUUUAAUGCAAACAUACGCGUCUACAGUUCAUAUAAUACGUUGCUGGCCUGGGAGACUGCCUUUGGCAGCGGCCAGAUAUUCAACUGGGAACACCAGCGUUCAAGCCUUUGGGAUUGUCUUCAAAAAGUCAAGUCCGCUCUGUUCGAAGUUCCCGUUGAGUUAUCGCUCUUUCACCCAAAACAGGCACCUCCUAGAUUCUCCGGGAUCGGCGAAGAUGGUUCCGUUUUUAAUUUUCCAGAUGACCAUAUCAACCAGGAGAAGCGAGCCAUACAAUACGAGAUUCAAAAAGCCAAUAUUUAUGCCAGUCAAUUGUGCACUCGGUCUUGGCUCGUCGAAAAAUACUGGAAUCUAUUUGAAGCCUACGCUAGGCAUGGCGACCCCGCCAGCCUAAAUACCAUCAACACAGCACCAAACAUUAAAAAUGAAGGCUCUUCAGAUACACAGCCCGAAUCUACAUCGAAAACGCCCUCUGAGGUAUCAUCACAGUCUGUCGCACACGCACAGACAGACUACAUCGGUCGUAUGAUGGCUCAAGAGCGAAAGCUAGUAAUCAAAGAUUUGUUCGUGCUCCUACGAACCGUCAAUGAACUCAACAUGGAGCCAAAUGGCGCUAGUAUCACAGGCAAAAUUCGCCAAGUGGCAUCCACCCUCCUCAAUACACCCUACUACUCCAAAUUUAAUAUCCCAUCAUCAGGCUCGACCCCAGCCGCUGACCCUUUCACAAAAGAAUCAUCAAUCAACGCUAUCAAUGCUCACACAUCAUCUGGUCUUCAUGUACUCACUACCGCCGAAGCUGAAUCUUACCUCCACGCUUUCAUCGAUACACUACUUCGCCUUGAAGGCUACUCCUAUGCGACCACAGAUCCCGGAAGCGCGACCGAGAGUGUCAGUCCACAAGCCAACGGUCGUGCAAUGAGCUACUUAAGCGAUUACGAGAGAGACCAAGAAGAACUAAGCCAGUGGGCUAGUUUGAAGGAGUACCAGCAGAAAUUUGCCGAGGCAGGAGGUGUCUUAUCUGAACUGUGA